CUCCUUGGAAUUUUAUGCAUUUAUUUGUUAUGUAAUUUUGAAUUAAGAUAAAAAGCAUAGCAUUUUUAGAAUUGGAGAACUUAAAUAUCACCUGCAGUCUGCUACAUAUUAUAGGAAUUCUUCCUGAAAUAGGAGUCCUUGAUAGACUGGUAUUUACUUGAAUCUGUUCAUUUGUUAGAGAGUACCUAGGAGGCAGACAUAAUUGUAUUAGUUCUAGCUCAUGAUGAGAUUAAUCCCCCCCCCCCCCCCCCCCGGGCACUUAGUGAUGGCCUAUUUUGUCUUUUGCAGCAACAUAGGACAAGUCUACUCUCUUUUCUCUGAUAGGCCCUCAUAUUGCCCCACUGUAGUUAUAUCCUUUGGGUCUUUUUUCCCCCCUAUUCUAAGCAAUCCUCAUUUUUUUCAAGUGUCUCUGACAUUGUUUCUGAUCCUUUUUCAAUUCUAUAUUCAUUCCUCUGGACCUAUACUAAGUCUUAGUUUCUCUAGACUUAGAAUAGAAUGUAGUUGAACAGACAUGGUCCGACUAGCAUGGAAUAUAUCAGCACUAUUAUAUCUCUUUAUAUGUAUUGUUCAAAGUCAGCCAAAAAUUGCUUUUAUUUUUUUAACCAUAACUGCUGUUUACAUUCAGUGGAAAGUGAGUAGAAGGAACUAAAUAAUAAAGAUGAGAGCAGAAAUAAGUGAAACAGAGUCUAAAAAAACAAUUCAAAAGAUCACUGAAACCAAGAACUGGUUCUUUGAAAAGAUAAACAAGAUUGAUAGACAUUGAACCUGACUCAUCAAGAAAAAUAGAGGACCCAAAUAAAUAAAAUCAGAAAUGAAAAUGGAGAAGUAAAAAUUGACACCAAAGAAAUACAAAGGAUAGUAAUAAAAUGUUAUGGACAACUAUAUGCCAACAAAUUGGACAAUCUGGGAGAACUGGGUAAAUUCCUAGAAACACAAUCUUCCAAAACUAAAUCAGGAAGAAUCAGAGAAUCUGAAUUUACAGAUUACAACUAGUGAAAUUGAAGCAGUAAUAAUAAAAAAAGAAAAAACUCCCAACAAACAAAAGUCGUGCACUGCAUGGCUUCACAGGUGAAUUUUACCAAACACUAAAAGAAGAACUAACAUCUAUCCUUCUCCAGCUAUUCCAAAAAACAGAGGAGGGAAGACUCCCAAUCUCAUUUUAUGAGGCCAGUAUCAUCCUAAUUCCAAAACCAGAUAAAGACACUACAAAGAAAUACAGUUAUAGGUCAGUGAUGGUGAACCUAUCACACGAGUGUCAGAGGUGACACGCGAACUCAUUGUUUUGAUUGAUUUUUCUUUGUUAAGUGGCAUUUAAAUAUAUAAAAUAAAUAUAAAAAAUAUAAGUCUUUAUUUUACUAUGGUUGCAAAUAUCAAAAAAUUUCUAUAUGUGACACAGCACCAGAGUUAAGUUACGGUUUUUUUUCAAAAUGCCGACACGCUGAGCUCAAAAGGUUCACCAUCACUGUUAUAGGUCAAUAUCCCUGAUGAACAUAGAUGCUAAAGUCCUCAACAAAAUAUUAGGGAACUGGAUCCAGCAAUACAUUAAAAAAAAUCACACACCAUGAUUAAAUGAGAUUUAUUCCGUGGAUGUAAGGUUGAUACAAUAUCUACAGAACAACACAUAUACCACAUAAACAAAAUGAAGGAUAAAACCCACAUGAUCAUAGCAAUAGUUGCAUAAAAAUGCAUUUGAUAAAAUCCAGAAUCCAUUUAUGAUAAAAACUCUCAGUAAAGUGAGAAUAGAGGGAACAUACCUCAAAGUAAUAAAGGCUAUAUGACAAACCCACAACCAACAACAUACUCAGUGGGCAAAAUUUACAAGUUUAUUAUAACCUUCAGGUAUCAUUCUGAUGAACUGGUCAUUUGACACAUUCUCAGCAUCUGUAUUUGUCAGUUGAUGUCUUCAUUUCUUUUUUUUUAAUAACAGCUUUAUUGAGAUACAAUUUAUAUGCCAUAAAAUUCAUCCAUGUAAAUGUAUAGUUCAGUAGUUUUAGUUGUGAGACCAUCACCACUAAUUUUAGAAAAUGUUCCUCUCCCCCAAAAGAAAUCCUGUACUCAUUAGGAGUCAUUCCUCAUACUCUCCUGGGCCCUGACAGCUACUAAUCUGUUGUUUCUACUGAUUUGCCUAUUUUGGACAUUUCAUAAAAAUGUGGCUAUUUGUGACUGGCUUCUUUCACUUAGCAUGAUGUUUUUAAGUUUCAUCUGUGUUGUUGCAUGUAUCAGUACUUCAUUCCUUUUUAUUGAUGAAUAGUUCCAUUGUGUAGACAUACCAUAUUUUAUCAGUUGAGGAAAAUUUAGAUUGUUUCCAUUUUUGGCCUAUGAUUAAUAAUGCUACCAUGAACAUUCAUAUGCAAGUUUUUGUGUGGAUAUAUGUUUUCAUUUCUCUUGGGUAUAUACCUAGGAGUAGAAUUGCUGGGUUGUAUGGUAACUCAGUUAAUUUAUUUGAAAUAAACAUUAAUUUUCCCUAUAAGUGUCAGCUUAUUUGGUUUAUAAUAUUAGUUCGUCUGUAUGAUAUCUAUAUUAUACAUAUUACACUAUGUACUGUUAUAUAUAUUACUAGAAGCCCAGUGCACAAAAUUUGUGCAGGGGGGGGGGGGCGGUUAAGGUGCCCUCUCGCAAUCCAGGACCGCUCUCUCCUAACCGCUUGCCUGCCUGCUCGCUCCUAACCUGCUUGUUCCUAACCGCUUGCUUGCCUGCCUGCCUGCUCAAUGUGCAUCAUUUUGGUCAUUACAGUUGUUCCAUUGUAACGGUCGCUUAGGCUAUUAUAUAUGUAGAUAAUAAGUCCAUUAAUAAGUCCAUCUAUUAGUAUAAUUUUGAAUGUAAUUCUAGCAUCUAGUCUAUUAGGUAGCAGGUAUUAUCUACAGAUUUAAUUGGCCUUCUCUUUUGUUGUCAAAAUUGCUAAUAGAAUUAACUAGGUAAGGACCAAUGAGAUUACUCUGUGACAUCUCUUAAUUUUUUUUUUUUAUGGUUAUGUUUUAUUCAGCUGUAACUUUAUUCAACUGUACCAAAACCUGGUCUUUAUUUCUCCAUUAAGGCCACAAUAAUUUUAUAAGAAACACCAAAUUCCUUGAUUAAUUUAGUAAUCUUUCAACAAAUAUUGAGUCUCUUAUAUAUGCCUGACAUUGUUCUUGGGUCUGGGUGUAUAGCAGUUAUAAAAGUAGGUCCCUGUCCUUAUGGAGUUUACAUUGUAUAUGUCAGCUAAAUACUAGUAUAAUAUCCGCAAAAAGAAGAAAAUUAGAAGAGUUUAACAUGACUUAUUCCUAGGAAACUCACACUGGCUUAGAGUGGUUAGUGUUUCUUAACACAUUGCGUACCGCUCAUGAGUUUUCUUGCGUUCCGCAUGCCAUCUGUUAUAGACCUUAGAUGUCAACACACUGUCUUGUCCACUGUGGGGCGCGGUUGCCUCGGACUAAUGAAAGGACAGGGUCCUCUCACUGCCACGUGCAAGUCCUAGCUGGAGGGCAGGGCCCUCCCAGCACAAUCAUAGCCAACGGCUGUGAUUGUAAGCUUGAACCUAUGGUCCGAACACGUAGCCCCACAUGCCUUGUGAUAGAGUUUAGGUGCAUGUAGUUGAGUAGGGUUGAGACUCAUGAGAAUGCUGUAAACAAUGUGAUCACACCCCUACGUUGCCUCAUGGCAUCUGCUAUAAAAUAAAGACACGGCUUCUGGGCGCUGGCGUUGUCUCCUCUUCAGGGAGCAGCGUCCCACCGAGACCCAGCUUUCAUUCUCUUGUCUGUCUUUCCUUAAUCCUUUCACCCCCCCCACUCAUAGACACCCUUGGCCGUGCUGGCGCGGCACAGUCCACAUCGAAUGAAGCGAUCUCAUUGGUGGAAACCGUGCAGGUCAAUCUACGAAAAGCUAUAUAAUUGCACGAACCCAUAAAGCAUUGCAGUUACAUUGUAUUUUGGUCAUUCGAAUAGUCUUCAUCUUCAAGUUUCUGGCGCUUUUAGAAAUGCCCUCUCUCAGAAAAAGGAAGGAAACCAACGAAACUGAUAUACUUCUGGAAGUAUUUAAUGAUAAUUUAUCAGAUAUUCCUAGUGAGAUCGAAGAUGCGGAUGACUAUUUUGACGAUUCCGGAGACGAUUCUACUGACAGUGAAAUUAUUAGACCUGAAAGGAAGCGCAAGGUGGCGGUGCUUUCAAGUGAUUCCGACACUGAUGAAGCUACUGAUAAUUGUUGGUCUGAAAUUGACACACCACCAGGCUUACAAAUAUUUGCAGGUCAUGCUGGGGUCACUACAUUUCCGUCUCAUUGUGACUCUGUACCCUCUGUGACCAAUCUCUUUUUUGGUGAUGGAUUGUUGGAGAUGUUGUGCAAAGAGUUGUCCAACUAUCAUGAUCAAACCGCAAGGAAACGCAAAACACCAUCUAGAACACUAAAGUGGUCUCCGGUUACACAGAAGGACAUCAAUAAAUUCCUUGGCCUAAUUAUUCUGAUGGGUCAAACAAGAAAAGAUAGCUUGAAAGACUAUUGGUCAACAGAUCCUUUGAUAUGUACCCCUAUAUUUCCACAGACAAUGAGUCGCCAUAGAUUUGAGCAAAUAUGGACAUUCUGGCAUUUCAAUGAUAACGCCAAAAUGGACGGUUGCUCGGGGAGACUUUUCAAGAUCCAACCUGUGCUGGAUUAUUUCCUGCAUAAAUUUCAAACAAUAUACAAACCAAAGCAACAGUUGUCUUUGGACGAGGGAAUGAUUCCAUGGAGAGGACGUUUCAAAUUUCGCACGUACAACCCAGCGAAAAUAACAAAAUACGGUUUACUUAUUUGGAUGGUGUGCGAGAGUGACACCGGCUAUAUCUGCAAUAUGGAAAUAUACACUGCUGAAGGAAGGAAAUUGCAAGAAACUGUUUUUUCAGUCCUUGGACCCAAUCUUGGCAUAUGGCACCAUAUUUACCAGGAUAAUUAUUACAAUGCUACAUCUACUGCUGAAUUGCUGCUACAGAACAAAACUAGAGUCUGUGGGACUAUUAGGGAGAGUAGAGGUUUACCGCCAAAUUUGAAAAUGAAAACAUCAAGAAUGAAGAAAGGUGACAUAAUAUUUUCCAGAAAAGGCGAUAGUCUUCUCCUAGCAUGGAAAGACAAGCGGGCUGUCCGAAUGAUAUCAACGAUCCAUGACACUUCUGUCUUGACAACAGGAAAAAAAAAAUAGAAAAAUGGGAGAGAAUAUUGUAAAACCUACCUGCAUCAAGGAAUACAAGGCCCACAUGGAAGGCGUUGACCGUGCGGAUCAAUUCCUUUCGUGUUGUUCCAUUCUAAGGAAAACGAUGAAAUGGACAAAAAAAGUAGUGCUGUACCUUAUAAACUGUGGACUUUUCAAUUCAUUUCGAGUGUAUAACGUCCUCAAUCCACAAGCAAAAAUGAAGUAUAAACAGUUUCUGCUAUCGGUGGCGAGAGACUAGAUAACGGAUGACAAUAUGAAGGCUCUCUGGAACCAGAGACAAAUCUGUCCAGCCCUUCCCCUGGGGGUGCAAGGAGAGCACCUUGUAAAGAUCCACCCAAAAGGUUGUCAGGUGAUAUGAAGCAGCAUGAACCUACGUGUAUUCCAGUGAGUGGAAAGAAAAAAUUUCCUACGAGAGCCUGCAGAGUUUGUGCCGCCCAUGGAAAAAGGAGCGAAUCUAGAUACUUAUGUAAAUUUUGUUUGGUCCCUCUUCAUAGAGGAAAAUGUUUUACGCAAUACCAUACGUUAAGUACUAGGAACUUUAAUUGUUUAAUUGUUUUUGUAAAUAAAAAUGUUAUAAUUAUUGAAAAACAACACCUAAAGUGCAUUAUGAUCUGUAGUUAUGAUGAUUUAAAUAACGUGCAGUUUGCCCAAAAACGUCCGGUCCCUGGCGUAUGUCUUCGAGAUUUCUGUGCGGUACGCAAUGUGUUAAAAUAUUCCCAAAUCCUCCAUAUUAAUAUCUUUUCUCUGAAUAUCCUGGAGAUUGACAUCAAAAUUUCUCUUCUUUAGUUUCCAUCAUCUUUUCCGCAGGCUUUGAAAAAUGGUUCAAGAUGUGUUUAUCUUUAGUGGUCUGGCAUAUCUCCAUCUUCAUAAUCUCAUAUAUCUAAGGUAUAAUCAAACCAUAGCUGAUUUAUAUCAAAUAUUAGUUAUUUAUAUCUACUAUCUACAUAUUAUAUCUGCAAGUUCUAGGACAUCAUUGAAACUAGUUA